CUCUCAAAAGUGUGGCAAGAAAACAUUUUCAAAAAACAGAGAGAGAGAGAGAGUGAGUGAGAUCUCACUCACAGACCAUGGAAGCGAAACAACAACACUCUCCAAACCCUCCUUCUUCCUCAUCAUCACUUCUCAGAGACAUCUCCAAUUUCAAAACCCCCAAACACCCUUCCCAAAACCCUAAUCUCCACUCUCCACACCUCCAAUUCUUCACCGCCUCCAAACAAACCCCUCGCUCCUCUUCCAUUCUCCGUCGCCACCGCCCUUCUCUCGCUUCUUCCUCGGCUCGAUCCAAAGUCUCCCGCAGACUCAAAGAAUUCGAGCUCGAACAGUGUAAAUCGGCACGAAAAGCCCAAAUCGACAAAGAAAAAUCACUUAAAUCGCUUGCAAAAUCGCUCACCGUAUGGCUCAAUUUCUUGCUUCAGAACCCAGUUUCCUGCGGUUGCGAUUUGUCGAAAAUGACUGGUCAAUGCGGGUUUGAGGAAUCGGAUGUGAAGUUGGUGUCUGGGAAUGGGAAGAGGGAGAGCAGUCGAGGUGGUGGGGUUGGAGUGGAUACUCCGUGGCGGUGCCCCAAGAGGCAGAGGGAUUCGGGUUGGCGUGGCGUGGUGAGAGAAGAGAGCACGGUGUUUUCGAAUUCGAAGCUUUUGGCUUUGCAAUCCUCGUUGCGGGAUGUUUGUAGUUUUGACGAUUUGAAAGAGCGAAUGAAGGUUUACUUGAGCUUGGGUAGUUGUAAAGAAAUUUUCAAUGUGAUGACUCAAGUAACAAAGAAUAUAGACGAAGGAAGAUUGAAAAUGAAGCCACACUGCCCUAUUGUAACUGAUGUUGGGUUGAAGGAGAAGGCCUCGAGAAUCCUUAUGUGUUAUAACCCAAUUUGGCUCCGGAUUGGGUUAUAUAUUAUUUUUGGUGGUGAUUCAUUAUUGUCGGAUGAGGACAUAAAUUCUGAAAAGGAAAUUGCAUUCUUGAAGAUGGUUAUCGAGAAGCAGUUUUUUUCUCAUGCUGGUCUAGCUAGAGUUUAUGCUUAUAACAAGUUGGUUGAGGGUUUAUAUAGACCAGGUUACUUUGAGGCCUUGGGGAAUGUUAUAUUGAAGAGAUUUUUGUUGCUUGUUCUUGUACUUGAUAGAGCUAAAUCUCAAAGCUGUCUUCCUAUCAAGUAUGGCAUUGAUGGAUUGGAUGGGGGUUCUCCUCUGCUAUUUACUUUGCAACCUAACAUUAAAUCGAGUUGUCAAUUGAUCCAUGAUUUCUUAUCAUCGGAUGUGAUGCAUGGAGAAGGUAAUGUUCUUGCUCAUCUAUUGAUUGUAGGGUACAAAGUAUCUUACUUACAGAGUCCUUUCAAUGAGUAUGACUUCAGGGUGAAAGAAUUGUUUGAAGAUCUUCAAGAUGGGGUGCGGCUUUGUAGAGCCAUUCAGCUCUUGCAACAUGACGCUUCCAUUCUCAUGAAAAUGUUGGUUCCAUCAGAUACCCGUAAGAAGAAUGUGGUGAAUUGUGGCGUUGCCCUUCAACAUCUGAAACAGGCUGGUGUGCCAUUAUUUGAUGGAGAUGGAUCGAUGAUUGUAGCAGAAGACAUUGUUAGUGGAGAUAAGGAACUCACACUUUCGUUACUUUGGAACAUCUUUGUUCAUUUGCAGCUGCCACUUCUAAUCAACAAAACGCUUAUAUUGGAGGAAAUUUCCAGAAUCCAAGGAGUUAAUGCGGAACACUUGAACAAUUCCACUCUUUUGGACAUGCUUCUCAAUUGGAUCCAGGCGAUAUGUAAAAGUUACGAUUUCAAGGUUGAUAAUUUUGCUUCACUGGUAGAUGGAAAAGCCAUGUGGUGCUUGCUUGAUUAUUACUUCCGGAAGGAACUUAAUUGUUCAUGUUCUCUUAAGGAUAUUAGGGAAACAAGUGGAGAAACAUCAAUUAUGUCAGUUAGUGAUUAUACAGAUGCUGUUCACAACUUCAUAUUAUCACAGAAAUUGACUACAUUGUUGGGAAAUUUUCCGGAGGUUCUGCAAGUCAGCGACAUACUUGAACAUAAUGGUCCAUGUAACAGUCAAAGUGUGAUUAUUUUGUUGGUUUUCCUCUCAUUCCAGCUACUUGUCAGGAAAAACACGGAGCAAUUGAAUUUUCAUAAACUCUUGGGUUUUACUUGUCAAAGUCCAGAGAGGAGACGUUUAAGUAUGGACCAGUGCUUUGCUCAUUCUGAAGCAAUACUAAAUCAAGAAGAUAGACAUGUGUACAACACUGAAGGUGGCAUGAGAAAUUUUAAGGCCAUCAUGGCUUGGUGGCAAGACAUGGCUAUGCGGAACAAAAGAUUUAAUUUGCGACCGGGUACUCCUCCUUUGCAAUUUUUAUCAACUAGAAGAAGCAGCAGUACAAUGCAACGAGAAAAUGCAGCAAAAAUUAUUCAGUCUCGCUUUAGACAAUCAUUGGCACGCAACAACUAUUUGCGCAUAAAGAAUGCGGUUACUUUCUUGCAAACUGUGAUUCGGGCUUGGCUGGCUGUCAAGAAGAAAUCAGCAAUCAAUAAAUUCUGUACCAGCAGAGUUCAGGAGUUUUCAUUUGAAAAGCAGAAGCAAUCAGACGUUUUGGGCAGAUAUAUCACCUACAUGGUUGACAGGCACAAUUUUGUUAAGUUGAAAAGGUUUGCAACAAUCAUUGAGCAUGCCACGAGGGCUUGGAUUUCUCGAAGACAUCAUGGUGGCAGCAUAUUAACUCAAGAUAUGUCUACUCAUGAUGUUGUUAAUGCGGCCAUUGUUGUUCAGAAGUGCAUUCGUGGAUCGACAGUAAGGUCAAUAUACUUUCAGAGGGUUUCUCAGCUAGAGAAAGUUUCUCAUGCAUGUGAAGAAACUGAAGUUAAUGAUUGUCAAAUAAAGGCAGCAUCUACUAUUCAGCUUGCUUGGAAAAAGUUUCUUGUGCACAAAUCUCUCUGCUUUCAGAACUUAUCUGCAACUAAAAUUCAGACUUGUUAUCGUGGUUGGUUGAUGAGAAAGAGUUUUGUGAUUCAGAAUUUAUCUGCAACUAAAAUUCAGAGUUGCUAUCGUGGUUGGUUGAUGAGAAAGAGGUUUAUUAUGAUUCAGAAGCAUAUUAAGGCAGCAUUUAAUAUUCAGCUUGCUUGGAAAAAGUUUCUUAUGAACAAGGCUCUCCGCCUUCAGAACUUAUCUGCAACUAAAAUUCAGAGUUGCUAUCGUGGUUGGUUCAAGAGAAAGAGUUUUGUGCUUCAGAAGCAAGCAGCAUUAAAAAUUCAAAGUAUUUUUCAAUGUUUGAGAUGCUUGAGGGAUUUUCAACAAUACAAAAUUGCAACUAGGUCAGCAAUUAUUAUUCAAUCUCACACACGUGGAUGGAUUGCUCGAAGAGUUGCUUAUCGACUAAAUUGUCUCAUCGUUGUAAUUCAAAGUCAUUGCCGUGGUUGGUUAAUAAGAAGGGAGAUUGUGGUCCAAAAAGAAGCUGUGAUAAAGAUUCAAAGUGCUUUUCGAUGCAUUCAGUGCCAGAAGCUUUUUGAUUGUUAUAGGCAUGCUGCAACAGAAAUCCAACGGUUUGUCAGGGGACAGAUAGCUCGAAGGAGGGUUUUAGGGGCUUCUUUCCUCCCAAAAACAGAUCUAAUGGGUUGCAUUGUGACUUCAAAAGAUUGCUUCCAGAAUCUUGAAUUGGGUAUGUUUUUAUGCUCCGUUUUGAAGUUGCAAAGAUGGUGGAGGGUUGUUUUGAUGCAUAAAUCAAGAUCAAAGUCAGCAAUCAUAAUCCAAUCUCAUAUUCGAGGGUGGAUUGCCAGGCAAGAAGCUACUAGAGUAAGGCAUUGUAUUAUUGUAAUCCAAUCAUACUGGAAAGGUUACCUUGCACGGAAAGCUUCAAGAGGGCAGCUACUUGAUUUACGCCUGAGAUUGCACAAGUCUGCUGCAAAUGUGGAUGAUAGCAUGCGCAUUAUAAACAGACUCCUGGUGGCACUUUCUGAUCUAUUGAGUAUGAAAAGCGUCAGUGGCAUUCUUCAUACCUGUGCAACUUUGGAUAUGGCGACAAAACAUUCACAAAAAUGUUGUGAAAAACUUGUGGAAGCCGGGGCAGUUGACACGUUACUGAAGCUCAUUCGCUCAGUCAGUCGAAGUAUACCCGAUCAAGAGGUUCUAAAACAUGCACUGUCUACUCUAAGAAAUCUUGCUCGAUAUUCACAUUUGACUGAAGUGCUGAUUCGUAGUCGUGGAUCUGUAGAAACGAUUCUUUGGGAGUUGCUAAGAAACAAAGAGGAGGGUUAUUUCAUUGCUUCUGAGCUUUUGAGGAAGAUAUGUUUGAAUCCGAAAGGUGUUGAAGCUGCACGCAACUCGCCAGCUCUCUUGAAGAGGUUACACAAUCUUGUUGAGGAUCUCACAAGGAAGACAGGCAAUGAAAAGAGGAAUGCUAGGGGUCAGCUUGCAAGAGAGCAGUUGGAGAGAAGAUUAAGAGAAGCUGUUGAGCUCCUAAAUUUAAUUACAAAUAUAUAGGGCAAAGUCCCAACCCUAUAUUUGGUUCAAUGUAUAUUUUUAUAGUCAAGAAAUUUAAGUUCUCUUUGAAUUGAAUUUUUUUGGGGGGAUCCCAAUGUAUGUUUGUUUCUUUGGGAA